GUGCGCCCGCGCCUCGCCGUGUGUGCCGCCGCUCGCCCUCGGUGCUGACCUGCUGCCCCCGCUGCCCACCAUGGCCCUGCUGCACUCGGCCCGCGCCCUCUCCGCGCUGCCCGCCGCCUUCCACCCAGGCCUCGCCGCCGCAGCCUCUGCCAGAGCCAGCUCCUGGUGGGCUCAUGUGGAGAUGGGCCCCCCAGAUCCCAUCCUGGGAGUUACAGAAGCCUACAAGAGAGACACAAACAGCAAAAAGAUGAAUCUGGGCGUUGGCGCCUACCGGGAUGAUAACGGGAAGCCUUACGUGCUUCCCAGCGUGCGGAAGGCAGAGGCUCAAAUUGCUGCAAAAGGUUUGGACAAGGAAUACCUGCCCAUUGGGGGCCUGGCUGAAUUCUGUAAGGCAUCCGCGGAACUAGCCCUGGGCGAGAACAGCGAAGUGCUGAAAAGUGGCCGGUUUGUCACCGUGCAGACCAUUUCCGGAACAGGGGCCUUGAGAAUCGGAGCCAGUUUCCUGCAAAGAUUUUUUAAGUUCAGCCGUGAUGUCUUUCUGCCCAAACCAUCCUGGGGAAAUCACACCCCCAUCUUCAGGGAUGCCGGCAUGCAGCUGCAGGGCUAUCGGUACUAUGACCCCAAGACCUGCGGCUUUGACUUCACAGGUGCCAUGGAGGACAUCUCAAAAAUUCCAGAGCAAAGUGUCCUCCUCCUGCAUGCCUGUGCCCACAAUCCCACGGGCGUGGACCCUCGCCCUGAGCAGUGGAAGGAAAUCGCAGCAGUGGUGAAGAAAAAGAAUCUGUUUGCAUUCUUUGACAUGGCCUACCAAGGCUUUGCCAGUGGUGAUGGUGACAAGGACGCCUGGGCUGUCCGCCACUUCAUUGAACAGGGCAUUAACGUGUGUCUCUGCCAGUCUUACGCCAAGAACAUGGGCUUAUAUGGUGAGCGUGUCGGAGCCUUCAGUGUCAUCUGCAAGGACGCAGAGGAAGCCAAAAGGGUGGAGUCUCAGUUGAAGAUCUUGAUCCGCCCCAUGUAUUCCAACCCUCCUCUCAACGGGGCCCGGAUUGCCUCCACCAUCCUGACUACACCAGAUCUGCGAAAGCAAUGGUUGCAGGAAGUUAAGGGCAUGGCCGACCGCAUCAUCGGCAUGCGAACACAGCUGGUCUCCAAUCUCAAGAAGGAGGGCUCCUCCCACAACUGGCAGCACAUCACUGACCAGAUUGGCAUGUUUUGUUUCACAGGUCUGAAGCCUGAGCAGGUGGAGCGGCUGACCAAGGAGUUCUCCAUCUACAUGACAAAGGAUGGGCGUAUCUCAGUGGCUGGAGUCACCUCUGGUAAUGUGGAUUACCUCGCCCACGCCAUUCACCAGGUCACCAAGUAACUUCCCCAGUGCCAGGAGACAGAGACAACCUUUCCGUGCUCAACCUCUGCCUCUGUGAGAUUCGCACCAAGGGAGGGUGGAUGGUGGUGGUGGUGGAUCAUUUCAACCGCACAGCGCAGCACUCAACGAUGGAUUGUGUCUCAGAAAAGAACAUGCAGUGAAAUAGUGCAGAGGUACCUGUGGCUGGUGGCUGGUGGCUGGAACUUUGUGGCUUUAAAACCAAACUUUUCUCUCUGUCCUUUUGUCUUCAGCUUUUCCAAGAGUUUACAUGUGCAGGAAAGUCAUAACACCAAAAAAAAAAAAAAACCAAAAACCCUGUCAGUCAUGCCAUUGCCACGUCUGAGCAGCUUUAAGUGAAGCAGUGUGCUGUGCUAGGGGCUGUUCUGGAGCCAGCUUCAGAGCCAGCACUUCAUAGAGGCUUUGCGAGAGCUACUUAGUCACAGUCAGUCAGGUGGCCUCAUGGUUGUCCCCCCGUGAUGGAGCAAACCAUCAACAGGCCGAUUACAAGAAUUGUGCUUUGUGGAAACCAGUGAGUCCGCUACCACUGCAGCAAGAAAAAUAAACCAUACUGUUUCUUGUCUAAUUUAAGAAAAAGAACACUCUUUCUCCUCCCUAUCACUGCUGUUCUGUUCUUUAGUCAAAAAGCCCUGUAACUAGCCUAGAUUUCCAUUCUGUUCUACUGAUUAAUUGACCACCAGACCCAUCCGAUCAGGGUUUAUUUAAGAAGAAAGAACAUCACCUGGGUUUAUUUAAGAAGGAAGCACGGUGGUGAGUUAGGGAAGCGCUUUGACUUCCGCGUCCUCUUCAGUGAUUGUGACAUUGCCUCCUCUGGGGAUGCCGCCUCUGCCGACUGGACCUCUUCCCUUCACUGCUUGUGCUCAUGCGGUCCCUCGUCCGACAGCGCGAGCUGGGCGGUGCGUAGUAGCACAGGGAAGGGGAUGUUCUGGACUUGCUGUGCUGCGAGACGAGCGCAGACCUGACCCUCCGGAAAGCUCACCACCAUCCACUCUGAGCACGUAGACUUCUCGCGGCCUGGUUUCUCUGUUACAAUAAAAUGACUGUAGAUCCAA